CCCAUAUCAGAAGAACACAAACAAAAACAACAAGAAGAAAAAAUUAAAUUAAAUACUAACAGGAAAUUUUCAUCAUGUUCUUCUCAAAUCCAAGAAGCAACCAAACCAAUCUCUUAGCAAACCCCAAAUCCAAAUCCAAAUCCAGCAACCAAACCCAAUCUCCAUCAAAUCCAGAAAAACAAAAAAUAAAUCCAAUAAACAAACCGGCCCAAUUUCAAAAAACAAUAUACAAAUCUAUAUGAAACGCAUUUGAGAACAGAAAGAAAAAAAAAAACAAAACAAAACAAAAUUAGAACCUAGAAUACAGACACUAACCCCACAAACCCAGACACAGCACAGGCCGCCACAAACAACACAAAGCUCAGAGGAACCUUAGCCCGGGUCCGAAAAUCCGGCGAUACAGAAGCCAAAGAGUUCGAAACGAGAAAGAAUCGGACGAGGUCGAGAAAGAGCUCAAAAGGGUAAGCAGGGGAAUGGGGAUAGGGCGAGGAGACGAGUGAGAGAGAAGCAGAGAAGAGGAGCUGUGAGAGGUGGAAUGUGAAGAAAGUGAGGAGUGAAAUGAGUGAUGGAGCAAAAGAGAGUAACGGGUUUUUACUAGUGGAAGUGGUGGUGGGUCCGAUCUGCCACCACAAGGUCCGAUCUAGCACCUCUCUCCGCAAGGUCUCCACCUUCGACACCGUCGAAGAUUUUUGGUGCCGUGUUUGUCAGAGAGUGAGAGUGAGUCUGUUCAUUUUCACUCUAGUGCAGACUGCGGAAUGCGGAUUGAAAUUUGAAAGAGAGACGGAGGGAAGCAGAUCAAUUGCCGGACCGGAUACUUCGGCAGAAAGUCAGUGCCGAUUGCAAACACUUCAUUUGAGGAAUUUGUGUUUGAUUAUCAUACAUUUAUUCCCACUAAUAACACCGAGAGAGAGAGAGAGAGAGAGAGAGAGAGAGAGAGAGGGAAAGGGACGAAAUUCAAGGAUUGCUUUACGAAGUGUCCCAUUUUGUUCAAGAAAAUUAAAAAAUAAGAAUAGCCGUUUGGUUGAGAUAGAAUUUUGCUUGUGAAAAUGGCAAGGCGAAGAGCCAAGAAAAGCGUUAAGAAAGUGGAGACGUCACCUGUGAAUGAUGAAAACGACGUCGUUGAAAAUGAGGCCCAAUUUGACAAAGAAGUUGAGCGACAGAGUGGUGCUAUUAGGGCUAUUCGUGAUGUGGAGAUUGAGCAUUUACUGACUGAAUUGCGUUUGCUUCGCUCAUAUUUCAGCGAGGAACAACUACAAACCCCCACAAUGCAAUUUUUUAAAGAAAAUCUUCCAAACCUUUCAGUUGUAGGAACUGAAGGAAACAAACAAUUUGAAGUUCAAUGGAAUGAUAAGGAAAGUAAGGUAUCCAUGAACCAUGCUGAUGAAAGAGACAUACAUUCUUCUCUUCUGCGCCAGUUGUCUAUGGUUUAUCCUGACUGCCCUGCUACUGUUGCAUCUUUGGGUGGCUUUGAGUUUUCUAGCAAAGCAGUGAAAACAAGCUAUCUAGGUGCUGGUAAUCUGCAAAUAAAUGACUUUGUUUUGGAGGAGCCAUCAGAAACUCAGAUACUCGGGAUGCAAGAUGGUCUUCAAACUCCUGGGGUGAGUAGCCAAAGGCUGUCUGUUGGAAUGACACCCAAAACAUUGAGGCUGCCUAAGCCUGGUGAGAUGCUUUUAUCCGUACAUGGCUCACCCCUUGGAGUCUACAAAGAAGACAAUAUGGAAGCCAUACAUGAGUCAGAAGAGGAUUGACUGGCUUCAAUUUUACCAUCAAUGUGGUUCAAAUAGAUGCAAAUACUUGCAGUUCCUAGUCCAUUAGAAUGUUUCUCUUUCACUGUACCAAUGACUAUUGUAAGCACUGAAAUUGUUCUUAUAUUAUAAUGCACUGUUACCUUUGCAAUGAUAUUCAAAUUAAGAAUACUUGAGCAUUUCUUAUUCGUAUUGGUCUGUGUAAUUCUUCUUCAUUUGCUCUAAUAAUCACAAUGGAACAAGCCUACUCCAAUCCACUGAUCA